GUCUGUGAUUGGACGAGAGGCGUGUGGAUCAUUGCAAGUUUCAAGACGCACUUUUCUAUGUUCGCAAGUUGGAUGAGGAAGCUCAGAAGUGUCUGCUGUAUCUGUGACAGACUGUGUGGGGGGACUGAAGUUAAAGCGACGGACCACGGAGACAGGCAAAGCCUCUAGGGGGCCAUGUCUGGCGGCAGCGGUGCGAACAACAGCUGGACCAUCCUCGCUCCUGAGGAGACUGCCGCUGAAACCCUGAGGCCUUUGGCAGAGGGGACAAAGCACCAUGAAGAAAGCCUCACAUCUGCAGCAGGUUCAGAGGAGAGCCAGCCUGCAAACGGUGCAGAGUCUGCAGAGGGGCUCCCUGUGGAGAGCCACCUGGUAUCAGAAGAAAAAACAGCAGAGCUAAGCGGAGACACGAGCGCAGAGUACCACACCGCCGUGCCCGCCGUCGUCACUGAUGCCUCUGUUCCCACCUCCUUGGAAGUCUCCGGCAGCUCCGUCCCCGGCAGUGAUGGACUCAGCCAGUCAGAGGGCCUACCUGAGGGCGCGGCGCAGUCCAGCCCUGACCCCGAUUCGUUUUCUGACUCCUACACCCACAUAAGCCCGUCUCCUGAUGACCCCCCAGCCUUACUGCUGAGCACAGAGACUCUGGGAGGGGGGGAGUUCACACAGGAAGAAGAGAGGCUCGCACAGGAAGGAGCACUGCAUCCACUGAACGGGGAGGAGCUACAACAGGAAGAGGAGGGGUCAGAGCUGUUUCCAAGGACGACCGACUUAAGGAAACAGGCAGUGUACUUGGUGGACCAGCUGGUUAUGGAAUUGUUCAGUAUCUGGGCCAGGAGGUUGUCUGGAGAGGCUGUGGUCGACUCCCUUGUGGAUUCAGAGGUGGGUGAGAAGACGGGAGACGAGGCAGAGCCAGAGGUGAAGAGAAGGAGGUCUCUCCUAGCAGCUCUGGAGCGCGUCGGAAGGACAGAGGAGGAAGAGGAAGGAGAAGAAGAGUUUCAGCUGCCACAGCGGAGGGAUGACAGCGGGUUCUCUGUGAACAAGUGCAUCCUGGGUGCUGUCAUCCUGUUAGGCCUUGGCACCAUCUUUUUCUCAGGUGUCUUCAUGGACCUGGAUGAGGAGAGCGACUACGGUACGAUGGAGCUGAAAGAUGCAGAGGUACCUGGAAAACAGGAGUGGCUUAAUCCAGAGGUUCCUCCACCCCCAGUAGAUGCUGACAAUACAGAGCUUCUAAAUAAGUUAGCCGAAGGGAACCCACAGCUUUCUGUGCUACAAGCCCAACUUCAGGCACAGAAAGAAGAGCUAAAAGUAGCCAAGGGACAGGCAGCAGAGGGAGCAAAGGAGCGGCUGCGGUGGGAGGAGGUGGAGAAGGAAAACAGUAGGUUGAAGAAAGAGAUGACAUCUCUCCCUGUCCUUCAGAAAGAGAACAAGAGGAUGAAGAGAGAGCUGGAGUCUGUCCCGGCCCUACAGAAAGAACUAGAAACACUGAGAUCCUCUGUGACUGAGUUAAAACACCCCUCAGCAGCCAGUGAAGCAGCUCAAGCGCCUGUGAAGCCCACCACAUCGCCCCCCAGUGGCCAGCCAGAGGAGAGCACGCAGGUCACAGCCGGAUCUACAGAGACACAGCCCAAGAAGCCAAGAGAUGACCAGAGGGAGAAGAAGAAAGAUGUGAAGAAGGAUAAAAUGGACAUGGGCGAGAAGAAGGAGUGGAAAGCGAGAGAUAAAUCUGAAUGGAAGGAAGGAGAGAUACGUGAGCAGAAAGAUGGAGGUAAAGCAGAAUGGAAAAAGGGAAAACAGGAGCCAGGAAAGUUUGACAAAGAGAAAGAUAAGGAAGGGAAGCAAAAGAGGCACAGCGAUGAGACAAAACAAUGGAAGGAGAAAGACCGGAAGAAAGAAAAGGUGAGCAGAGGUGAUGAAGGAAAGCCAUGGAAGGAUAGGGAAGGGAAGAAAGAUCGGGUAGAAAAGAGUGAGAGAAAAGAAGGUAAGGAUAAAGACUGGAUAAAGCAUGAGAAAGUUAAGGAGGGUAAACAAUGGAGGGGUAAGGAGGAGAAGAAGGAUUGGAAGGUAGGAAAAGACCACGGAGAGAAGCUCAAGGGCAAGGAGGAGUGGAAUGGAGAGAAGGAAUGGAGGAAGGGGAAAGAUGGCUUGAAGGAAAGUGAAAAAGAGAAACGGGAGAAAAAAGAUUGGAAAGAGAAAGGAGAGAAGAAAGAGUGGAAGAAAAAAGACGGUGACUGGAAAAGUAAAAAUGGCAAAGAUCAUAGUAAGGAAGGGAAAGGAAAGGGUGAAAGGAAACAGUGGGAAGAGAGAAAAAAUCACGGUAAAGAAAGGAAGGGGAAGGAUGAGAGGAUACAGUGGAAUGAGAAGAAGAGUAAAGACGAUAAGGAGUGGAGGAAGAAAGAUGAGAGGAAAACGCAAGAAGAACCGUUGAAGACAGGAGUAGAUAAAGACAGAAAGGACAGAUCAAGCUCCCAGAAACACAAAGAUGAGCACAAAUCUAACAGUCAUCACGGCCACAAGGAAAAGCACCUGUGGGGAGACGACAGGAAGCAUCUUCACUCUCACAGCCGACCCUCCCAGGAGCAGCCCGAGUACUGGGUCCAGCAGCGAGACCGCCUCCAGAACAACCCCAAACCAGCACCGCAGUGUGACUCACUGGAGACCUGUGCUCAGGCCGAGGGGCUGCUCCCCGUCCCCUUACCCGAGUUUGAGGCCAUCCUCGACACUUACCUGGCCAAGGCGGAGGAGGCGGGAGUGGAUGGUGCCAAAAGAGAAGAGCUCAAAAAGCUAGCCACCGAAUUCUUCAAGGACGGAGUCUUUGUUCACGACCAGACGAGCUUUCAAGAGUUCGUCGAAGAUUUGACAGAUAUUUUGGAAGACAUGGUGGAAGGAGACGACGACGACGACGAUGACGACGACGCAGAGGAAGAGGAUAGUGCCAUAGAAGAAGAAAUGGAGGAGUUUGAAACAGAAGUUAUGAAAAAGUUUUCCUUGCCAGGAGCUGUAGAGAAAGAGGAGAGAUCCAAAGGGGAGUUGAAGAAGGAGAGCGGACGAGGACGUGGCUGAUGAAGUGAUGGAAUUCACGUUACCUUGAAUUCUUGAAGAAAACUUUUCUCUCAUGCCUCCAUGGUGAAUCAAGAAUCAUGAUAAAUUGAGGUACAUGGGGCCGCGUUUAACAGCAGCGAAACUCUCACACAACUUGUGCAGUAUAGUUCAAGUCUCAUUUAAGGAUGAACCGAUCCGACUUUUUCAGUCCCAAUACCGAUACCCGGGCUUCGGAUAUCAGCCGAUACCGAGAACCGAUCCGAUACCACUGUGUAAUUAAUAAACUGCAUGCCUCACUGUGUGGAAGUUACUGGAUCAGGCUUGACUUAAAUAUUGCUUUCCCAACUUUGUAAACAAAAUGUAACAAAUAAAUACAUAAAUACAGUUUUACUGAAUUGUAUGAAGAUAAUAAAAUCGUACACCUGCAACUUGGUAAAAACAAAUCUUCAAAAUUAACAGGAAUUACAACUUUUUAAUGCAGCACAAAUUGGUCAAAACUCAAAAAUUCCAGUAUAUAAUAUACAUUAUAUACAAACAUAGAAUUGAAUUGAAUUGAUCGUCAUUGUCACCAAUAUCCGAUCCGGCUAUUUGAGUCAGAAUCGGCCCGAUAUCCCAUCUGGUAACGGUGCGUCUCAUUUAUCCAGUCGUAGGCUCACUAAUUCCUAAACACAUGCAUCUUUGCUAAAGCCUUACUAUCUAAAACACUUCGGACUCGCACGGACAGGUAGCGCGCCUGCGCGAGCAUGAGACUGUUGUUUAUGCAGAUGUUUAAAUAGUAAGGUUAUGGCGAAAGCCCUCAUUUACUUCAGUUCAUCAAGACAUUUCUCCAUUUUUUGAUUCUUCUUUCACCGAGGAGGCAUGCGAGAAAAACAAAAGUUUUCCUCAAGAAUUCAAGGUUAACACUGGGCGAGUAACUGAUAUACAAAUGGUCAUUUCGUGGGUGAAGUAUAAGAGCAGUCAUGACGGAUGAGAGGUUAUUCAAAGGGAACAUUUUGUAUUGGACCACAAACGCUUCCGAGUCUACAUUUAUCAUCCUGUCACCCUUUUUACGGGAUCUUAUUUUACCCCUGCCAUCUGCUGUCCAAGAAGUUCAACUUAAAAACUUAAUUUCACUGUUCUUGGGUCGUUUUGUAUUUUACCUCUGCACACGCAGGCACAUUAGUACUUAAUAAUGGAGAAAGUGUUUUUUGCAUCUUCAUAAGGUGUUUUGGGGAUGAACUUGAGAGAGAAGAAACGGAUACUUAAGAACCAUUAUGCAUACGUUACAUAGCCUUCCUGGGCUCUUUCUUCUAGUGUUCAAUCCAUAGAAAACCCCACGUCUAUUUUAUUUGUAACUGAGCACCUGCAGCUAAUGUUGAACAUCCGUUGGUGUGAAAGUCAUUUCUGCUCCUUUCUUCCUUUGCACAGGGGAGAUUAAACCUGUUAGACUGAGUUGGGUGUUACUCUGCUUUGACUCUGUAAAGUCUUAUUCACACACCACACCUCUUCCUCUGCAAACUGCACUGUGCACUGAUGAAGUCUACAUAUUCACUGAUCCUACUCUGUACCUACAGUAUGCCAUCUAAUUGCUUUAGCCUGGCACUUAAAUGUCAGAUUAUCUUUUAAAUCAUUAGUUUUUAGAAAGGGUGGUUUGAACGGCUGAUAAAAGUUUAGUGAAAAUUGUAUGUGAAAUUAGAGAAGUCUGCAUUGACUUUGUUUUUUGUUUGUUUGUACAUAUUGCAUUAAAUGUCUUUGCUGAAAUACAGAAAUAUAUAAUUAACUUAAUAUAUAGUUUGGCAUAAUAUAGAUACAAAUAAUAAUUGGUUGGCACAUAAGAUAUCAACAUGUUGAGCAUGUAUGUUUCUUUUCAGGUACAGAACUCAUGUUGCGCACUAAAAUGUCCUUAAUUAUUGUUUUAUCAUGAAUGUAACAUUUGUUUUUAUUGAUUAGGUUGCUCAUGGCAGCACUGAGGUUGUGGCACGUAGUUUCCAAAAAAAGCAUGUUUUCCUUGCUUUCUGUUUACACGCUAACUUAUUAAAUGUUGCUGCUUCGAGGGGCCUACAGCUGCGUAGAGAUUUUCAGAGGGUGUCGCUGCUGAACCACAUGCUGUGUGGCAGCAUAGAGAACUUAUGUAUGUUAGGAUGUUCAUAUUUGGCCCUGUUACUGUCACAAGAGCAGAAUAAUAAAUUUGUUGCAUCACUGUA